GUACGGAUACCAAAUUCUAGAAAAUAUCAUUCAGGUCUUCUUGUUUUUGGUCUCUCUCUCUCUGUUGCUAAAAACAUUUAGAUCGCUUACCUGGUUCGUGCACCUGAUUAGCUGCUGUUAUUUCUUUUUCUUCCCAGAGUUCAGGUCGUUAAAAAUCUAAUCUUUUUUGGUGGGUGAAGACUCUUCUUUAUCAAAUCAACCUAAUUUCUCAGAUUCUCAGAUCUCAAGAGUUUUGUUUUUUUAGCAACAAUGAAUAAAAAUCCACGGCUCGAUUUUUCCUCACCGUCGUCGUUAGCCACUAUCUCCGACUCUGCAGACGGUGAGCUGAAUGAAGACGACAUCUUUGCAAUCGACAUAUCUCACGCGCCGCCUCAAGCUCGUCAUUCUCCUGUAUCAUCUCCGGCGAAGCAACAAACUCCUGCUCGUCAGCUUCAGAGGAGCAAAAGCGGUUUGAAGAAUGUGGAAGCGUCUGGUAUCCUCGCGGCUCUUCCUGAAUCAUCUGGGAGUAGUAGUUACUUAAGUCAUGUCUUUCACCACAAACCUGCGGCUGCUCUCUCUACUUCUGUCUCCUCCACAGCUUCUUCAUCGUCUUCUUCAGGUGGUGGUGCAUCAGCUGGUUCUUCGUCUUCAGCUCGAGCUAUCCCGACCGCGCCUAAACCGCCUCAAGAGAGGCUUCCGUUUUCAGCUUCUUUUGUAGGUGGUGGGAAGUAUCCUCAAUCAGCUCCGGUUCAAGUGCCGUUAGUGUCGUCUGCGAUGAUGAAUCGUCAUAAGAAGGAAUUCAAGCUGACUGAUGUGGUGGAUGAUGAUGAGGAAGAAGAGGAAGGCGAAAUGCUUCCGCCUCACGAGAUUGUAGCUCGGUCUUUGGCUCAGUCGUCGUUGUUAUCUUGCUCUGUGCUUGAAGGAGCAGGAAGGACACUUAAAGGGAGAGAUCUCCGGCAGGUAAGGAAUGCUGUUUUCAGAAGAACCGGUUUCAUAGAUUGAGUGUUUUUUUUUUUACUCUCUUCUUCAGAAAGACGAUUCUUUAAUUUGUUAUCCCAAUUGAUGAACUACUUUAUCCCUUAUUUGGCCACAGAAACUUGUCAAUGUGUAUGUUCAUAUGUUGUCUACGUUAGACGAUUUGUUUACUUCAUAUCAAAGAGAUUGAUGUGAUUGCACAUGUUUAUUAUAAUUGCUUCACAUGUUGAUGUUGGUGAGAGAGAGCUUUAAGAGUUGUUUUGAGGUUUGAGUCUCACAUUUAUGCAUCCCUUAAUGACAGUCUCGGAAAAUUCUUGCAUUGUUCGAAUCCAUGAAAGUUCUUACAUAUGGUUUACUGAGGUUGACACUUAUCCUAUGAUCUAAAUUGAUUAAUCUUUAAAGAGAAAAAUGAUCACCUUUUGUGCUUUUAAUGUGUUUCUUUUUUGCAGUUUUUGCUCAUUUCAAAUUGGUAUUCAUGCAAUUUAUUUAUGGACUUGUCAAGAGUCUAAAAGGCUAUGACUUUUUUAACUAGAUCUUUAGCAAAAAAGCAUUGAGAUCUUACAAGAGUGUGAGAGAGGGGACCAUUCCUUAAAGCGACAGCUCUUUUACAAUUUUGGUUCCAUCUUCUUCAACCCAUUAGAUAUUUUGAGGUUUAAUGUGAAACGUUUUACUUGAUACAAGUUUGUACUGUACAACUGUCUUAUAGAACAAACUUAAUGAUCUUCUUAUCUGUUGACAAACGAAUAGACAGAAUAAACGGUAGAUUGG